CUGAAUCAGGGAACUCAAGAAAAGAGUUGUACUCCUCCUCGAUUGAUUGAGUGAUUGAUGAUGAUUGAUCCCGGUCGCUGUGGAGGUUCUGCUGCUAUUCAUCAUCAGCAGCCAGCCAUCCAAACCAAGAUAUCUGCUUUAGCAAAUCAGGCCCGUGUUGUUGUUUGUUGUCGUGCCUUUCUGGCCGUGUUUGCCUAUGCGAUUUGCUCUAGUCUCCUAGUGGUGAUUACCAAACUCGCCUUCUUUGGAUUUCGGUACCCCUCCUUAUUCAAUGCAUUGCAAACCUCAACUUCAGCACUCGGGAUUUGGUUGUUUGGGAAAUUGGGUCUCUUGCAUUAUGAUCCCAUCACAACCUUACCCAGCGCCCUCAAACUCGGCGUUGUUGCUGUAAGAUUUUAUAUUUCACAUGCCGUGUACAUCUUGCUUUUGCACAUAGUCAACGUGGAUGCCGUCAUUGUGUUCCGUUCUUGUAUGCCCCUCCCGGCGUGUUUUGCUGCUACUUUUAUCUUCCACACACAGCCCCGUCGUCCAUCCAACUUGACCAUUUUGUCGUUGCUCCUCAUUUUGGUUGCCGCAGUUGGGUUUAUUGCUACUGAGUUUCAUUCUUUUAUGUAUGGAGCCUAUUUUGGGAUCUUUUAUGUUCUCAUUGCUUCACAAGAGAUGAUUCAGGUUUUGGAGUUCACGGCUGAGAACGGUUGCUCCAACUCAUGGGGUAUUUCCUUGUUCAACAAUCUGGUUGCAUUCGGGAUCUCAUUUCUAAUUUCUAUUUUGAGCGGGGAGCAAUCUGAUUUGUACGCCGCCUUGAAAUUACAAGGGGUUGGGCUGCAGAUGGAAGGUGUUGUUACAUUUCUGGCUUUGGCUCUCUCUUGUGUGUUAGGCUUCCUGAUUACUUUCUUCAAUUUCGAGGCUAGGAAAGCCGUAUCCGAUGAUGCCCUUGCUGUGACUGGUGCCGUGUCUAGGUUUUUGUCCGUGGGAAUUAAUGCGCUGGUCUGGGAAUGGCAUGCUGGUCCGGUCGGUUUGGCGUUCUCAUUCGUGACCAUUGCUGCUGCUCUUCUCUACCAGAAAUCAACCAUGGUUAAAACUGCUGGCGCACCCUCUGUCCUGCUGCAUUUCCAAGAAGAAGAAGAAGAAGAACUGAUCAGCAAGAAUGCCACCGAUGAUUUAGAAAUGGGUUUCCGGUAGAACCGAUAGUUUAUUUCAAGGUUGUACGUUGCUUUAUUGCACUUUAUUUCAAGUUUUCAACUCUAGUGUGGAUUGUUAGAAUUCAUUGUCACCAAUCUUACUGCUACUUUACUGCACAAGCCGAAGGAUGAAAGUGUAGCUGACACAAAAUCCCAACACACUCGGUAAUCUCACGCUUUAAAACAGAGGUACAACUUUGCAUUUUAUUUAUUAUAUAAGCAUAGUGACAGAGACCAUGUAAGAAUGGAG